CGGCAGGACAGUGUCAGCAGCAGCAGCAGCAGCAGAUGGCAACAGAAAUCAAAGGAACAUGUUCAUGGAAGUUCUGGAAUAAGAACAGAUAGGACUGGAGUCCCACAUGGGGGAUGUGAAGAUGUGGGCCGUGCUGGGAGCGGUCUGUCUUUGCCACUGUGUGCUUGGACAGCUGCUGAAAGGAGCUCCGCGUCUGAUCUGCAGCGUACCCGGGUCGCCGGGCCUGCCUGGCAAGCCUGGCCCGAGCGGGCCCCCGGGUGGAGACGGGCACGUGGGUCUCCCAGGCAGAGAUGGCAGAGACGGCAGGAGGGGGGAGAAAGGAGAGAAGGGAGACCCAGGUAUAAAGGGCAGAGUUGGUCCCACGGGUAAUAUUGGCGAGCGAGGUGAGCGCGGCCCUGCAGGCAAGCGAGGCCCCACAGGGGAGAACGGUGAUGCUGGCCCAUCGGGAGCUACCGGCCGCGACGGUGAAAAAGGACAAAAGGGCCAACGUGGGAUUCGCGGGACUGCAGGAAAAUGCGAAUGUGGGAACAUCACGCCCAAAUCAGCCUUCUCUGUGGGAAUCACGAGCAGCUACCCAACGGAGAACACGCCCAUUAAGUUCAACAAGGUGCUCUUUGACGAGGGCGGCCAUUACAACCCACAGACGGGCAAAUUCGUCUGUGCCUACCCUGGUAUUUACUACUUCUCCUACGAUAUCACGCUGGCAGACAAACACUUGGCAAUCGGUCUGGUGCACAACGGACAGUAUCGCAUCAAAACUUUCGACGCCAACACUGGGAACCACGAUGUAGCUUCUGGGUCCACUGCAAUGUACCUGAACAUUGAAGAUGAGGUGUGGGUGGAGAUCUUCUACCAUGACCAGAACGGUUUAUUUGCUGACCCAGGUUGGGCUGACAGCUUGUUUUCGGGCUUCCUGCUCUACGCUGACACCAACUAUUUGGAUCCACUGGCAGAGGACCAUGCAUAAAAACCUGGGAAAAACAACAAGUAUCCUUGGAUAUGUAACAAACUCCUAAUAAUGGUUUGGGCAUGUAUAAUGUAUGAAAUAUGUUCAUGAUUGACAUGUCUAUCGAGGUACGUUAUACAAUAAAGAUUGAAUGAAGGUUUUAUU